GCAAGCAAGGCCCUGGAUCGAGGAAUUCCAUGGUGUACUGUGUAGCUGGCUUAAAUGUCACAUUUCUUAACGACCUUCCACUGAAUAUGAGCAAGGCAGUAGGUAGUGGAUAAAGAGAUCUAGAUGGCGGGGGUGGGAGAGAGUGAGAGCGAGACUGGCAAAGAAGCGGAUGGGGACCCACACUCCCCGCCGGGGAUUUUCAACCGCCCGAAUUUCUUCUUUCGAGAAAAUCCUCCGCAGUCGACGGUUUUCGCAUUUUGCUCGCGCAUUCUUCAGUCUCCUCAAUACUCAAUCAACGUCAGAGCCUCAUAACCUCCCACCGAAUCGCUCUUGUGUACUUCCAAAUGGGUCCUCCUAGGCGCAAGGUUCUCGCUACGGCAGAAGAAACCAUGUUCCCGCCGGAUGAGCUGCCUCAGGGCCAUCUGAUCGCCCGGGCUGUUAAGGCGACCGGAAACAAUAUCUACUCAGUGGAACUUCCCUCGAAGGAAUCGGUUUUGGUGGAGCUCCCUGCCCGCUUCCGGUCGACCAUCUGGAUCAAGCGGGGUUCCUACGUGGUGAUCGAUGCCAAUGCCCUCGAGGGCCGCGACAACAAGCUCAAGGGAGAAAUUGUCAACAUCGUCCGUGAUGAGAAAGCGUGGCGCAAAGCCCCAUUUUGGCCAAAGGAAUUCGCUAAGCAAGCUGUUGUUGUCGCGGACGACUCGGACGAAGAGGAUGAGUCCAAUGUCGGCAAGAUGCCCUCCUCAGAUGAGUCGGAUGCUUGAUUAGAAUCUUGCUUGAUGCUUCAGGCAUCAGGCCUUAUCGCAUGGGCAUUAGACUACUUAACAGAGCAGUCUUACUUGUUCACGGCUU